AUGAGCAUUCUGGGUGAUUUUAACAAAGAGCAAGAAGCUUUCAUAAAAGAACAACAGAGUAAAGUUACAGAUGCUGCGGUUCCUCCAUGGGUGGGCGUACCCAACGAAGAAUCAUUAAAACAAGAAUGCUUAUCACUUUCGACCGACACGAGACAUUUUGUUCGAGCUCCACCUCCGGGCGUUGAUUUUCCAUUCGACUACGAAGCGUCUUACAAGGUAGCUCUCGCGACUUUAGCCGAAGAUCCAAAUCUACAGAAAAUGAGAUUCGAAUUGGUACCCAAAGUCGUAAGCGAAGAAAAUUUUUGGCGCAAUUAUUUUUACCGGGUGAGCCUCCUUCGUCAGCAAGCGGAAUUGGAUGCAAUGCAACCAGGCGGUGACCCGUCACGCACUUCAAGCGUCGAAGCCGAGACCGCAGGUACGGAAACUGAAAAUUCACACGAUUAA